AAAAGCGGUUGGCAACACUUCAAUGUCACAAACGUCAAACCUAACCGCACCCGGUUACUCAUCCUGGGGGCUUUCCUCUUCUCAAAAAUCCCUUGAAUAGUCUUAAAAUUCGCGUAGACUGCCCAGAGUCCGCGAAUCGAGCUUAAAAAUGACCGAACAGCACCGAUUCGGAACAGUGGUGAGCCCCAUAACAUGCCACGCUUGGAACAAAGACAAGACUCAAAUCGCCAUUUCGCCCAACAACCCCGAAGUGCACAUCUACCAGCGCAGCGGCUCCGAUUGGAAGCCCCUCGAUGUGUUAAACCAGCACGAUUUGCGCGUCAUGGGCAUCGAUUGGGGCCCCAACACCAACCGCAUCGUGACAUGCGCCGCCGACCGCAACGCCUACGUGUGGACCCUCGACAAAGACAGGAAAUGGAAGCCGACUUUGGUGCUGUUGCGCAUCAAUCGGGCUGCGACCUGCGUGAAAUGGUCCCCCGAUGAGAACAAAUUCGCCGUGGGCUCGGGGGCGAGACUCAUCUCGGUGUGCUAUUUCGAGUCGGAGAACGAUUGGUGGGUGUCGAAACACAUCAAAAAGCCAAUUAGGUCCACAGUGACCACGCUUGAUUGGCACCCCAAUAACGUGCUCCUGGUGGCGGGCUCCACCGAUUUCAAAGUCCGAAUCUUCUCAGCGUAUAUUAAAGACAUCGAGAAGACGCCCGAAGCCACACCAUGGGGCUCCAAAAUGCCCCUGGGGCAUCUUUUGGCCGAAUUUGCCAACUCCAAUGCUGGAGGGGGAUGGGUCCAAAGUGUGAGUUUUUCCCCCGAUGGUAAUAAAGUGUGUUGGGUGGCUCACGAUUCGACUAUCAAUGUAGCCGAUGCCACGCGAACAAACACGAUUUUUAAAUUACGAACCGAGUUUUUGCCCUUUUUGAGCUGCACUUGGAUCACUAAUAAGUCCAUUGUGGCUGCUGGACAUAGUUGUAUACCGGUUUUGUACACUUUGCACGAUAAUGGACUCAAUUUCACAGCAAAGUUGGACACGUCGCAAAAGAAGGAAGCUGGGGGGCUCACUGCUAUGAGAAUGUUUCAUUCUUUGGAUAAACAAGCCAGGAGUGAGACUUCUGAUACUAAUCUUGAUUCAAUACACCAAAAUGCCAUCACUUGUGUGUGCAUUUAUGGGGGCACCAAAGGCAACGUCACGAAAAUAAGUACAUCGGGAUUGGAUGGACAGCUUGUCAUUUGGGACCUCAAUUCGCUCGAAAAGGCCAUACAAGGACUCAAAAUCGCAUAAAUCACAACUAUUUAUUUUAAAAUAAGAAAUUUAGUGUCAAACUUGGUGUUUUUGGUUCCAUUAGUGUGGCACUGCAAAAAAAAACAAAACCUGCCACUUACUCUGCAUCAAGUAGGCCAAUUCACACAAAAAUAAAUUUCAUCGACAAUUAAUUAAUUACGUUGUUAAUUUUACUUAUUUUUUGCUACCUGGGAUACAAAAAAUAUUUUUAAGAAAGAUUGAGGUUAGAA